AUUUUGCUGCAGGAUCAGCUAAGAAGAGGUUUGUCAGGGGCCAAGAUCUGAUUAACACACACUGGAAAUUAUUCAUCAUGGAUAACAACAAUAUCUUUCUUGGGGAUAAAAUAUGGAAAAUUUGGACUUGGUGAAAGCUGUGCAAGAAGUCUCCCAGUCUUCUAUAGAAUCUGAUAUCAGAAGUUCCUACAACUCUGGCUGUAACUUGAAUACUAACAGAAAUAGUCCCUUAUCCAAUCCGAAUGGAGUUUCCAAUUUCUCAGGGAAGAUCAGCCCCUCCUUAAGUCCUGGUUCUGUUGAAGUACUGGCUUCCUUUAUGCAAGAUAUACAAAAGAGUGGAAGGACAGACUCAGAAAUUUUGAAGAACUGUGAGACUAGCUGGAUACAGUUAUUCAAACUGGUGGAGAAACAGUGUCAAGAACAGAUAGUUGCCCAGCAAGAGCAGUUCCAUCAUCAAAUCCAAUGUAUACAGAAUGAGAUAAGACAUUUAGUGAAGUUGCAGAACAGUAAUGCUUCAUGGGAUUUCUUCAACAGCAAAAGUUCUCCUGCCAAACUUGCAAACAAUUUCUCUUCAUUAGAAAGUCAAAUGGGGUUGUGUUCUGAAACCUUUGAAGAAACUGGAUGCGUUGUCAAUCAUCUUAAAUCUAAUGAAGCUGAAAAUCUGCCAAAAGCAUCUGCAGAGCAUCAGGAGUGUUUAAAUAGUAUUUCAAUGAGCAGUGGGUAUGGUACCCUUUCUGCAUCAGAACUGAAUGCUAGGAAAUCAAAAGACAUUAAGAAGUGCAUGGGCUAUACAGAGAAGAUUUUAAAAGGACAGGGUGAUGCACCAGUGACACAGAAGGAUUCAGUUGUAACCAAUGUACAAACUAAAAGAGAACUUAUACAAAAAACUGAGAAAUAUUUUCCAUCACAACCUGCUGAAUCUGAGCAUCAAGUUACUGAAGGUCAAUGUGGAAAAACAAACUGUAAAUAUCUAACAUCAUGGGCACAAAAGCUGAAACAAAACCAACCGAAAAGAACAAAUAUGGAAGAAGGAGGGUACAUGCAUUCUGUGCAAGGAAAUGAACAAGCAAAGAAAUUAACAUUUGAGAAUACUAGUGUUACUGCUGCUGCUUCACCAUCUUACACUUUUUACCUCAGCCAACCAAAUGAAAGUCCAAAUUCCUUAGCAUCUGAAGCUUCAGGUAUAGUUAACUAUAGUUUAUUACUAUUAGUGAUGUUCCUAGAACACUUCCCCAAGGACAAGCAUCAGAUAUUAAUAUCAGUAGUCCAGGUGGACUAUAUUGCCUCAAGGGCUGCCUUACAAAUUUCCCUCAACAUCGCGGACACAGUGGCUUGUACCACAGCAACAUCGGUGGUAAUGCAAAGAUCAUCUUGGCUCCAGUUGGCGUUGGUGUCCAAAAAACUACAAGCAAAGGUAGAGGAUUUUCUGUGCCACAGGCAGAGUCUGUUUGCUGAAAAGACUGAUCAAGUCCUCCACUCAGUCUCUGACCUGCAGCGCUGGGACGAGCCUGACACACGUAGAGUGGAGAGGACACACCUCGAAGAACCGUCAUUACUGCACAAGUCAUCUUCUGGUGAUGAGAUGAAGCCAUCAUUGAAGGAUAUUUAUCAUAAAAAACAAAGGGAAGGCAAGCAGCUGUCAGAAUGGAAUCUCAUUUCUCCAUCCCAGCCAACUCAUCCACCAGAGGUCUUAACACUAGAUCCAACACUGCACAUGAAACCCGGUGAGCAAAUUCCAGGACAUUGUUUUGUCAGUACUCUCGAUGAGAAGACUCCCUUUUCUCCAGACUCUAUGGUGGAUCCCACUUUUUCAAGUCAUUCGGACACUGAUUCAUUUUCACAUAUAAGCAAUAUUACUUCAUCUCAACUAUGCGGUUCUCCAAAAUAUACUUCCAGUACUAAAGUUUUACAUUUGGACCCCUGGGAAAAUAAUCCAUUCCAAAAUGAAAGCAAGGUUGGCUGUUCUUUUCCGAUGGCACAUGCUGAUACUAGUAAUGAUCUGUUAAUGAAAAUUGAGGAUGAAGAAAGUUUAACAUUAACUCCAUCUUCAAUCAUCCAGUCCCAGGUUCCAUGUGCUGAUAACAGUUCACCAGAAUAUAGUAUUUCAGUGACAUCCUUUGAAGAUCCAAUGAUGUUGUCAAAGAUUAGGCAAAACUUGAGGAAAAAACAUGCUCGACACAUUGCUGAUCUACGAGCUUAUUAUGACUCAGAAAUCCAGAGCUUAAAACAGGAACUUGAAGCAAGCUAUAAAACUGCUUCAUCUGAAGAGCUGAAGAAAAUCAAUCAAAAUCUUGUUGACAGGUGUGGCCAGUUAGAUGCUGCUCUCAAUGAAGCUAAUACUCGCAUGAGAACCCUUGAAAAUAAGAACAAUAAGCUAGAAAUGCAAGUUACAGAUUGGAGAGAACGCUUCUAUGCAGUUAGUAAUACUUCCAAAGUUUUGCAAGAGCGUAUUGAAGAAAUGCGCACAAGUCAUAAAGAGAAGGAUAACACAAUCAGCCGUCUAAAAUCUAGGCUUAAGGAUCUAGAAGAAGCAUUUGAAAAGGCUUACAAGUUGUCAGAUAAUAAAGAUGCUAGGUUAAAGGAAGAAAAUAAAAUGUUUCAAGACCUUCUUGGAGAAUACGAAUCCCUUGGAAAAGAACAUGAAAGAGUAAAGGAUACAUUGAAUGCAACUGAAAAUAAAUUGCUUGAUGCAAACACCCAGAUUUCUGAUUUGAAAAGAACAAUUUCAAAACUUGAAGCUCAGAUCAAGCAGGUAGAACAUGAAAAUAUGUUGAAACUCCGCCAUAUUACUGAAAGUCAUUCAAAAACAAGUCAUGCCAACAAGCUGACAGCUUCUGAUGUAAAUAGACGGAAGUGGUUGAUAUCAGGAGCAGAGUAUUCAAUCUUCACAGGCCAACCAUUAGAAAAUCAAGAAUGCAAUAUGGAUAACAGACUGGAGGAAACCUACAUUCCUUCUAGGGACCAUUCUCCUCCAGAAAAGGACUCUUCACAAGAAGACACUACAACAUAUGUAAUUGAAAAAAAAGAAAAUGAAGCACCGGACACACCAAUUAUGAGAGCCCUUAAAGAACUUGAAGGAAAAGCAUUUAAAAGUUGGGGAACACAGACAGAAAAAGAAGACACUUCAACUAAGACAUCAAAUCGACGUCAUACAGUUGGAUUUGAUGAAAGCACUUUCAGUGCCCAUCGGUCUCCAGAGAAAUGCAAAGAUCAACAAAGACCAAAAAGAUAUAGCUCACCUAGUGGGCAGAGGUCAUCAUCCCUCCCACCUUCAAACAGGAAGACAAACACACCAACAAGAAGAGAGAUAAUGCUGGCACCUGUGUCUGUGACAUACAGUCCAAAACGAUCUCCAAGAGAGAACCUGUCUCCAGGAUUUAGCCACUUGCUUGGCAAAAAUGAAAACACAAUGACGAGAUUCAAUAUACUUCUGGAUGAUUUGGAAAUUGCUCCUACGUCUACACUGCAACAUAGCAAUCCAAGAAAACGACUCCAGUUUCUUUCGCUAGAUGAUACAGAAGGAAGACAGCUUUCAGGUAAAGGUAUUGACAGCUAUGUUAAACACAGUUCUUGCACUGAAUCUUUGCACACUGGAAUGAAGAAAGAAACUGAGAGAUCUGGUUGGGAAGAGAGGAAUAUACCACACAAAAAUGAAAAAAGUGUUUCUCCAUCAGUAUAUGAUGCUGAUUUCAAGUAUACAUCAAGAACUAAGACAUUAGCUGAAACUGAAAGACUUUUUGAUGAACUCACACAAGAAAAGCAACAGAUUGAGGCUGCAUUAACGGGGGGAAGAAUGACCUUACAAGCAAGAUUAAACCAGGAAGCUCUGGAAGAUCGCUUGGAAAGGAUUAAUAGAGACUUGGGCUCAAUCCGUAUGACACUGAAAAGAUUUCAUGUUUUACGUACCUCUGCAAAUCUUUGAGACCUGUAUCCAUUAAAUUCAGAUAUGCUUUUGUUUGCACUAAUGUAUAAUUAUGCACACACAAAUGCAAAUUGUUUCGUAUUUUUGUAAACCCUCAAUAGCAGUUUUACAACCAUUAUCCUUUACACACAGCAAUAUUUUGUACUUCAAAUAGGCACAUAUAUUUAAGCAUAUUUUCUUACACUUGAGAAAUCAAUCUGUUGUGUAUUUUACUAUUUUUAAAAAAGUGAAUUAUUUUUAAAUAGUGUAUAAGAAUUCUGUUUAUAAGGAAGUAAACUGAGGCAGCUUGUUUUCUGAACAGAAUCAUGUUGUAAUUCCUUUGCUGUUCAUUUUGCUCACCAUUUUAUAGAGAUUAGUAUCUACAUUGUAAAUAAUAGGUACUGUGACAUUUUGAACUUUUAUAUUGUGCAGAAAGCAACACGAAGCUUCUGUGGUGUUCAUAACUACAAGCUUAUGGUAAAUAUCUUUUAUGGUAAAUACCUUUUAUUUAAAAUAUCAUGGCUUGCUUUUUAAUUUGUUGUUGUGACACAUCUUAAAUAAAUGCAUAUCUGCAAUGUGGAAUUCUUUUAAGUAUCCAUCUGUAUAAAUGCAAGUAACUAUACAAACUGAAUUUUUUUCAAAAUUAUAUUUCUUGUGUGAUGGAGUUAAGGUAUGACAGAGCCACAUGAGUUAAUUUUUUUCUUUAUCAUUGACACUAAUUUAUUUAGAAUCCUGGUCAAACUAUUCAGGGCUAAAUUUUGUUUCAUGCCAUCUGGUCUUGUCCUCAGAUAUCUCAAUGUUGUUAAAUAAGACUGCUUUCCCAAGAGGCUUAGAGAACGAAAAGUAUAGGAAGCUCUUCAAGUGUCUAGAGGUUGCACAAACAGUAAAACCUUUAUCGCAGCUUAUGAGGAACAUCUUCCCAUUAUGAACCUAAAUUAAUGUUGAAAAGGAGUUUUCAAGUUACAGGAGGGUUGAGUGUUGAACACAGUCUGCAUAUAGUGUGAAGAUACAGAGCACUGCAGAACUAUGUGCAUGGCAGCAUCAGUAGAGGGCCUUUUAUGUAUAGAUAUCCUUUUCAUGCCCCUCACAGUCUGAAAUAAAGGCCUCACUCAGGUGGGGAACCCUUUUUGGGCUGGGGGCCAUUGACACACUGAAAAAUCAGUCAAGGGCUGCACAAAAGUCAGAAGCAAAAACAAAACAAAAACCCUUCACUGAUGUGGCCCCCAGCUGAGAAGCAGAAAAUCCGACUUCCCACAGUACCCUUGCACACCAGAGCUGGGGGAGGAGGGAUAGCUAAUACGUUUUGUGAGCCUGCCUAGGACCGGGGUGGGGCCAAAAUGACGGGUUCAGCGUAUGGGAGAGGGCUGCUGGGAAAUAGGCGUGGGGUUUGGGUCAGAAGGGAGGGUGCAGAAGAGGAGGGAGGUACAGGAUUGGGCUGGGGCGAGAGGGCUGAGUGGGAGGUAGUGUGCAGGAGUGUGGUGGGAGGUAUGGGGUCUGGAUGAUGGAGGGGUAUGCUUGCCUAGCAGGAGGACAUGGGGCUGGAACACCUGAAUCCAGGCUGUAGGUUCCCUCUCCCCACCCCGCUCUAGAUACUUGAAGAGUGCCUUAUAUUUCUUCCCUCCUAGCCUUUUGGGAGAGGAGUUGCUGUUCUCUGUUUCCUCUAUUUGUAAUCAUUAUGAGUAAUUAAAAGUAACAAUCAGUGUAAUCACUCAAAUAUCUCACAGCUAUUUUCCCUUGAGGAAACAUUUUGCUGUAGUAAUUGUGUACUUAAUGUUUCUACUUUGUCUUGAUAAAAUUCACACACACAAAAUGAAGGGACGUAUAAUGACUAUAAUACUUGACAUAGAAAUGUAUUCUGUACUAUGCUUCAGGAAGUACAGUGUAUUUGAGCGAAAGAGUUGAGUUCUGUUUUACUUUGGCUUUUAGGUGUUUCUGUAUAAUUUAUCAUUCUAGUUUCAGAUUUUGCUUCAGUACUUUUGUAACCAGUGAUUUCUUUAUAUAGUUUUAGCAAUUAGAAGCAAUACUGCAUUAUGUCUGGGUGACUGUAUAUUAUUAUAUUCUUUUUUAGCUUGCUUACUCUUGGCCUGUGUUACCAGAUCAUUUCUAGCAUUGUUGCUAUGUCUCAACAACUCUACUGUAUAAAGUUCAGACACAAUGGAUUACACUGAGUGCUAACCAAGUUUCUCUCCAUGACACUCCAGGACCAUGGAAAUCUAACCACAAUUGUUUUUGUUUUUUAAAUAUACCCAGAACAUAAGAAUGGCCAUCCUGGGUCAGACCAAAGGUCCAUCUAGCCUAUUAGCCUGUCUGCUGUCAGUGGCAAGCACCAGGUGCCCCAGAGGGGGUGGACCGAAGACAAUGAUCAAGCGAUUUGUCUCGUGCCAUCCUUCUCCAGCCUCUGACAAACAGAGGCCAGGGACUCCACUUCUACCCCCUGGCUAAUAGCCUUUUAUGGACCUGACCUCCAUGAAAUUAUCUAGCUUCUCUUUAAACUCUGUUACUAAUCAUCAGGCUGUCUCUGUUCUAAUAAAAGUUAUGUUCACACAUUUAAAAAAUAAAAUUUGCCUUUUACACUUACAACAAA